AUGCCAAAGGCACCACCCGGACCCGACUUCUCUCGCGUUGCAGCGGAAAUACGUAAGCGCUUGGGUAGUUUUGGCGAUGUCACCGGUCUCUUUGCCCUUGUUGGUUUCACCGGCCUUGUCGGGACGGGGCUUUACAAGUCUAUCUACUUUGUGGAUGGUGGCUGCCGUGCGGUGAAGUUUAACGCCAUUACAGGGCUGGGUGACACGACAUACGGCGAGGGGGCGAACCUUGCUAUUCCGUUCCUCGAGACGCCAGUGGUGUUCGAUAUCCGCAACAAACCCACGGAGGUGAUGACGGCAACCGGAAGCCGCGACCUCCAGACAGUGAAUUUGGCUGUGCGUGUGCUCUACCAGCCGAGCGUGAACAACCUGUCACAUGUCUACCGCAAUCUGGGUAUGGAGUACGCGGAGAUCGUCUUGCCGUCGCUCGUCAAUGAGAUUAUCCGUGCGGUGAUAGCACAGUUUAACGCUUCCGAUCUUCUGGUGAAACGUCCUGAAGUGAGUCACCGGAUUGCUGUCAUGCUGGCGGAGCGUGCCAAGCGAUUUCACAUCGACAUCACAGACGUCUCUAUAACUCAGAUGAGCUUCGGGAAAGAGUACACCAGCGCCGUGGAGGCCAAACAGGUGGCGCAGCAGAUGGCGGAGCGUGCCAAGUGGCGUGUGGAGCAGGCUGAACAAGAAAAGAAGGGCGCCAUUCUGUUGGCGGAGGGUGAGGCAGAGGCGGCGAAACUCAUUGGUGACGCCGUGCAGAAAAAUCCCGCCUUUAUCACGUUGCGCAGCCUGGAGGCGUCACGGGCAAUCGCCAAAAUGGUGAAGGAGCGUGGGGCUGGCGCGUUCUACCUGGAGAGCGCUGGAUUGAUGCUUAACGCCAACGCAAAGGACGGUGGGGGCAUUCGUGCUGGGCAUCUGUAG